AUGCCUCCACAAAGAGUUGUCAGAGGUCAUCCUGCUAGGCGUAAUGUUGAGGAGCCAGAGUUACCAAAUGCAUCUGAAGUGCAAUCUCAAGGGGAAGUUACCAAUGCUGAGUUCCGUGAGGCUAUCCGGGUGUUGAGCCAAGUUGUGACCAACCAAGCUGAGCAACAAAGAGGAGUUAGCCAGAAAGUGACUGGUACUUCAAGGAUCCGAGAGCUCUUGAGGAUGGAUCCUCCAAGUUUCAUAGGUUCAAGCACCAUAGAGGAUCCAGAGAGUUUUGUUGAGGAACUGAAAAGGUUGAUGGCCGAUGUGCAGCAGGUUGAGGAAGAGAAGCUGAGGGAUAGAAAGGAAUUUAGAAAUAAGAAAGAUAAGACAGGGAGUGAGUCGGCAGCAGAAAG